AUGAGGCUAGCGUUAGCGUUAGUGUUAGCAUUGCAGGUGUGUUGGGUGUGUAUUAGCCGUGCAAUACAGCACUCCCCGGCCUCCUGGGGGCACUACGACAUCUGCAAAUCACAACUUUACACAGAUGAUGGACUCAUGUGGCAUUACAUGGCGUGCCAGCCAGAAUCCACCGACAUGACCAAAUACGUAAAAGUGAAUCUGGAGCCGGAGAACAUCACGUGUGGAGAACCGCCCGAGAUCUACUGCGCUCUGGAGAACCCGUACAUGUGCAAUAACGAAUGUGACGCCGCUACAGAGGAACUCGCUCACCCUCCCGAGCUCAUGUUCGACGCUGAGGGUCGAAACCCCACCACGUUUUGGCAGUCGACCACGUGGAAAACGUACCCCAAACCUCUGCAGGUGAACAUCACGCUGUCGUGGGAUAAAACCAUCGAGCUGACGGACGACAUCGUGAUCACGUUCGAAUCGGGUCGACCCGAGCAGAUGGUUCUGGAGAAGUCUCUGGACUACGGGAGAACGUGGCAGCCGUACCAGUUCUACGCCACCGACUGCCUGGACGCCUUCACCAUGGAGCCCAGGUCAGUGCGGGAGAUUUCCCAACGCACGCUGCUGGACGUCAUCUGCACCGAAGACUAUUCCCGAGGUUACGUCUGGAAAUACGACAAAACGGUACGGUUCGAGAUCAAAGACCGUUUCGCGCUGUUCGCCGGCCCACAGCUGCACAACAUGGCGUCUUUUUACGGACAGUUAGACACCACCAGGAACCUGAGGGACUUUUUUACACUGACAGAUUUACGAGUCAGACUUUUACGGCCCGCGACAGGAGCCACGACGGUGGACGAGGACAAUCUGUCCAGAUAUUUCUACGCCAUUUCAGACAUCAAAGUCCAAGGCAGGUGUAAGUGUAACCUCCAUGCCAACUCGUGUGUGUUUGAUAAAGGGAAGCUGAGCUGUGAGUGUGAACACAACACGACGGGACCCGACUGUUCACGCUGCAAAAAACACUAUCAGGGCCGAGCGUGGAGCCCGGGGUCGUACCUGCCCAUUCCCAAGGGCACGGCUAACGUGUGUGUUCAGAGCGGGCCAGCAGGUCUGCCGAACGUCUCGUCUCUUGGAGUCGCGAAUCGAAAUCAAGCUCGAGUGUGUGACGACGUGCUGCUGCGCUGUCAGAACGGUGGAGUGUGUGUUCUGCACCAGCGUUGUCACUGUCCUCCGGGAUUUUCUGGAGUUUUGUGUGAAACGGAGCGAUGCCGCGGAGGCCAGUCCUGUGAGGAGCUCCGAUCGGGACGUGACCGUCUCCGUCUCUCGUCUCUGCCUCUCUUUUAUUCCAUCGCUCUCUCGCUCUCGUCUCUCCUCUGCGUCUGA